AUGGUGCAGUGGGUAGCACUGCCGCCUCACAGCAAGGAGGUCCUGGGUUCGAAUCCCCGUCGGCCAGGGCCUCUCUGUGCGGAGUUUGCAUGUUCUCCCCGUGAGCUCCCGCUGGCCGUUCUCCAGACGCCGGACUGUUUCUGUGGCUACGCCACCGCUGCGUUCUCCCUCCAGGAGCCGGCCCAAGACUCGCUCUGCAUCGCGGCCAACGGCAGCAACCCCGCAGAGUUCUGCCAGGUGUACCAGACACCUGUGCAAGACUCCAGGUGCAUGGACAGGAAGUUCCUUCAGGAGAAGUCCAGACAGCUGGUGGCGCUGUCGAGCUUCCCGGGGGCAGGGAACACCUGGGUCCGCCACCUGGUGGAGCUGGCAACGGGGUACUACACCGGGAGCUUCUACUUCGAGGGCUCGCUCUACAACAAAGGGUUCAAAGGGGAGAAGGACUACUGGAAGAGCGGGCGCACGAUCUGCGUGAAGACGCACGAGAGCGGCAGGCACGAGAUGGAGAUGUACGACGCCGCCGUGCUGCUGAUCCGCAACCCGUACCGCUGCCUGCUGGCCGAGUUCAACCGCAAGUGUGCAGGACACAUGGGCUACGCCUCCGAGCAGCACUGGAGGGGCCAAGAGUGGCCGGAGUUUGUGGGCAGCUACGCCCCCUGGUGGGCGUCCCAUGUGCUGGACUGGCUGCGCUUCAGCCGCAGGCUGCUGGUGCUGCACUACGAGGAGCUGCAGGGGGCGCUGUUCCCCACGCUGCACACACUCACCUCCUUCCUCAACACCAGCGUGAGCCCAGAGAGGCUGCUCUGCACCGAGAUCAACCAGGACGGCCACUUCAAACGCCCAGCCGGCCGCCAGCGCCCCCUCCACCCCUUCACCCCGGAGAUGAGGCGGCUCAUCGACGGCUACAUCCGGACCGUGGACCAGGCCCUCCGUGAGAGGAACCACUCCGGCCUGCCUUCAGAGUACCUGCCCAGAUGA